CUUUGACGCGACAAGACCUCUUCUUUUGGACAUUCGCGAAGGUUACACACGUUUUUGGAAAUAAAAAAAAUAUUAAUAAAAAAGCGACUUCACAUGAGAAAAUAAGGAUCUAAUUAUCGGAAUAUUACAUUAGCGACUGUGAAUUACAAAAAUAAAUAAAAUAUGGUUGCGUCACACGAAUAUCUUACAGAAAUGGAUACCCAACAAUUUAUGGGCUCUCCAAUUCAAGAAUUUUACAAAAACAAGGCGAUUUUUAUGACCGGCGCAACAGGGUUUCUGGGAAAAAUUAUCAUGGACAAACUCUUGAGGACAUGUGACAUUGAAUGCUUCUACAUUUUGAUUCGUAAUAAGAAAGGCAAGGGAAUGCAUUCACGGAUUGAAGAAAUUUUCGAUGAUGCUUUAUUUAAUCGUUUAAAACGAGAAAAACCCAAGUUUCGCAGUAAGAUUGUCGGAAUUUCGGGAGAUUGUAUCUUGCCUGGUUUGGGAAUUAGUCCAACGGAUCGUGAAUUGCUUCGAAGAGAAGUCAAUGUUGUAUUUCAUGUCGCAGCAACGGUUCGUUUUGAUGAAAAACUUAAAAUUGCCUUGGGCAUUAACGUCAAUGGAACGAAGGAAGUUGUUCAGUUAUGCAAAGAAGUGAAGAAUUUGAGUGCGUUUAUUCAUGUAUCAACUGCUUAUGCCAAUUGUAAUCGCAAUAAGAUCGACGAAACCUUCUACAAACCCAAAAUCACGGGAGAAAAUGCUAUAAAAUUGUCAGAAUGUCUCGACGAGAAAACUUUGGACACAAUUACGCCGGAACUCACGAAAGGCUUCCCCAAUACUUACACAUUUACGAAAAAUUUGGCUGAAGAUUACGUUAAAACGCAUGCUCAAGGACUUCCGUGUGUGGUUUUCAGACCUGCUAUCGUAAUCCCAACGUCGAGAGAACCUGUUGUUGGAUGGAUUGACAAUCAUUUCGGACCUACGGGAAUUAUUGUCGGAGUUGGCGCCGGACUUUUACGCGUUAUUUACGUUGAUAAAAAUUUAAAUGCUGAAAUUGUGCCAGUUGAUAUGUGCGUUAAUUCAUUACUCGCCGCCGCUUGGGAUAUUGGAACAACGAAACGCGAUGAUAUUCCAGUUUAUAAUUACACAACUUCGCCAGAAAAUCCAAUCACAUGGGACACGUAUAAUCGUUUGGGCAUCGAGCAUGGCAGUAAAAUACCAACUCUGAAAGCCAUUUGGUACUACACAAUUACACUAACAGGCUCUUAUCCGAUGGCUUUGCUGCUGCAAUUCUUCUACCAUUUGAUUCCAGCUUUCUUUAUGGACUUGGGACUCAUGUUUUCGGGCAAAAAACCAAAAAUGGUUAAAAUUUAUCAAAAAAUCCAUAAAUUUUGUGAUGUCAUCUCUUAUUUCAACACGCGACAAUGGUAUUUUACAAAUUCAAAUGUUAUGGCUCUUUGGAAGAAAUUAGAUGCAAAAGACAAACAAAUAUUCUACUUUGAUAUGAGUGACCUUGAUUGGGAUAACUUUACAAAAGAGUCAAUUUAUGGUAUUAGGCAAUAUCUGAUGAAGGAUGAUCCUUCGACAAUUCCUGACGCCAUUAAACGAAUGAAAAAACUUAAAAUUCUGCAUUAUAUCGUCGUUUACGCCUCGAAUGCGUUCUUAUUGUAUUUAGCAUAUUUGUUACUUUUUAAAUUUUACUCGAUAUUUUUUAUGUAAAGUACUCAGCAUUGGUAAAUUUUAGUUGUAGAAUUCAUCAAACUCUUAUG